UGUAUCCAACCAUGCAGGAACCAAUUGUCCUAGUACUCUUCAUACUAUGCAUCUUCUUUCCAGCAGAGGUUAUGCCAGAUGGAGCCUCUUCUGGGCCCUCUGUGUCAUUGCCAGGCUGCCCCGACAAGUGUGGUGAUGUGUCCAUCCCCUAUCCCUUUGGCAUCGGCGAACAAUGUGCGGCAAGAAGCAUAAACAGCUACUUCAUCGUCACCUGCAACGACACCUUCCAACCACCGCGGCCAACAGUCGGUGAAGCAGUGGUUGAGGUCACCAACAUCUCACUGGAGUACGGUGAGAUGCGUGUGCUCAGUCCCAUCAGCCACAUCUGCUUCACGUCGAGCACUUCUUUCACCAAGUUAAUCGGGGGUUAUGAGCUGCAGUCCACCCCCUUUCUCCCCUCCCCUUCACGCAACCGAUUCACAGCCAUCGGUUGCAACACCCUAGGACUUAUCGGCGGGUACCAGGGCGCCGCAAGCCAAUAUGUGGCUGGAUGCUACUCCUACUGCGAAGGCGUCAACAGCACAUCUGAUGGCGCACCGUGCGCUGGGAUGGGCUGCUGCGAGGCUGCCAUCCCUGCGAACCUCACUUCCUUUGGAGUGAUGUUUGAGAUGAACCAGAGCAAGGUAUGGGGCUUCAACCCUUGCUUCUAUGGCAUGGUUGCCGAGGUCGGGUGGUACAGCUUCAGGCAGCAGGACCUCAUCGGCCGCCUCGCGUUCAUUGACGCUAGAGCCAAGAGGGGCGCCCCCAUCAUCGCCGACUGGGCCAUUAGGAACAGCUCGUGCCCAGUAGAGGGGAAGGAGCCACCACCCGGCUAUGCCUGCAUCAGUGCAAACAGCUACUGCAUGGGUGCAAACAAUGGUCCAGGGUAUCUAUGCCAAUGCUCCAAAGGAUACGAGGGUAACCCUUAUAUUCUGAAUGGCUGCCAAGAUAUAGAUGAGUGCUUGCUGCGCACGCAAGAUUCCAAGUAUGAAGAAUUGUAUCCAUGUAGAAAAGGGGUUUGUCACAAUACACCAGGAAGCUACUUUUGCAAAUGCAAAAUGGGAACAAGAUCUGAUGGCACAAAUUUUGGAUGCCAAUCUAUACAUGCUUCAUCCAAACUAGUUAUUGGCCUCAGUGUUUCAGCAAUCAUGUUGAUGGCUUUGGCAUGCUUGUACACCAUGCAAUUACAAAGGAAAAGGCACAUGAUGGAGAAAGAAGAAUAUUUCAGACAAAAUGGAGGUCUCAAGUUAUAUGAUGAAAUGAGGGCAAGGAAGGUUCACACGAUUCAUAUUCUUACAGAGAAGGAGGUAAAGAGAGCCACAAACAAUUAUAGUGAAGAUCGAGUACUUGGAUGUGGUGGUCAUGGAAUGGUCUAUAGAGGAACUUUGGAUGACCACAAAGAGGUUGCCAUAAAGAAGUCUAAGAUAAUAAAUGAUGACUGCAGGGAAGAAUUUGUCAAUGAGAUAAUAAUUCUAUCUCAAAUCAACCACCGAAACAUCGUGAGGUUACUAGGCUGUUGCUUGGAUAUAGAUGUCCCAAUGUUGGCGUAUGAGUUUGUCUCCAAUGGAACUUUAUCCAAGUUCCUUCACGGUGAUGAUCGUACAUCACCAAUCCCCUUGGAUCUUCGCCUGAAGAUUGCUACACAAUCAGCAGACGCUCUUGCUUACUUACAUUCAUCAAUAUCUCGCACCACUCUACACGGAGAUGUCAAAUCUGCCAAUAUCCUGUUGGAUGAUCAGCACAAUGCAAAGAUCGCAGAUUUCGGAGCAUCAGCACAGAAGUCCAUGGAGGAAAGUGAGUUCAUCAUGUUUGUACAAGGAACACUUGGCUAUCUUGACCCUGAGAGCUUUAUCAGUCAUCAGUUGACAGAGAAAAGUGAUGUCUACAGUUUCGGAGUAGUUCUUCUGGAGUUGAUCACAAGAAAAAGGGCUAUGUUUGCUGAUAAGUUCAACGAAAAAAAAUCAUUGUCUUAUAUCUUUCUCUUAAUGUUCCGUCAUAAUAAGCACCGAGUUAUGAUAGACACUGAAAUUCUAGAUGAGGCAGUUAUGGAGGUGCUUGAGAAGCUGGCCCAACUAGCAGUGCGCUGCCUAUGCCCAAGUGGAGAUGACAGGCCAACAAUGAAGGAAGUUGCAGAGCGCCUACAAAUGUUGAGGAGGCUCCACAUGGACGCAAGUAGUGAUUGCGAAGACAGUCAUUAUGCAAACAACCAUGGAGGAUCACCGUCACUGGUUGCCCCUUUGGACGAAAUGACAUACUCCAGCAUGGAGACAUCUACGCUGAUCUUUGCAUAGAUCUUGCAACACGAUACUUCUACACCUUUUUCUUUAAAGAUACUGCUACUCUGGAUACUUGUGUAUGGUACUUGCUGAUGUAUGUAAAAUUAUAAAAGUACAUAGUAAUUAUUAAGCUGUUUCCACAACACACUGCGUAGGAUAUGAUGCAACAUUUACAAAAUUCUGCCUUUUGAAUUGAUAUGUAUGAUACAUCACUGCAAGCAUACAACUACCCAUGUUGUUUUAUCA